CACAGUAACUGCCUUGGUAUAUAUAUUCUCUUUCUGUCUCGUUCUCUCUCUCCUAAACACAUUUCUUCUUCAAUUUCCUCUCGACUCUCAAAUCCAUUCUCUCUCUCUCUCUCUCUCUCUCUCUCUCAUGGAGGACUCUGUCAAAGAACAAUCUUCAGCCACUGCGAACGCAGGGAAAUCAGGUUCCAAACUCCGGUAUCCGCUCCGAUCGGCGACUAAAUCCAAGGAGGAAAAGCCUGCGGCCGCGGCCGCGGCCGAAUUGCCCAACACUUCUGCUUCUAAGAGAGGAAGACCUGCAUCAAUUGUAAGUAAGAGUGUGGGUGUUCUUGAUCUUUCUGCCAAGGACAAGUCGGGCAAGCCUCCCAGAAGGCUCUCUAUCCCUGCCAAGACAACUAUCAGCCAUGUUCCGAAAUCAGUUGGCAAUGUUUCUCCAAUUUCUGAGGUUAGGGCAAAAAGGUUGGUUAAAAGUCAAGAAAAAAAUGACACGCCAGCUUCUGAUGUUUCCAAAUCAUCAAGCAGAAGGAAGUUCAGUGUUCUGUUAUCAGCAUCCUAUUGGCUAUCACAGAUUAAGCUCUCCGAAUCUGCUGCUAAGCACAAAAUCUCACUUGGUUUCUUCAAACUUGCUAUAGAGGCUGGAUGUGAGCCUCUUCAAAGAAUGAGGGAUGAGCUGAAAUCCUAUGCACGGCGACAUAACUUGGCUGAACUUGGGGAAUUUGUGAAAGAAUUGUUUGAAAGCUACAACAUUUUGGAAAACUUUGAGCAGUUGCAAGUCUCUGAAACCUGUUCCCAAGUGCCUGAAGAGGGAACUCGAUCAUCUGAUGAUGAUGUACACAGCUCUUCAUCUGUUACGGGAGCUAGGAAACUGAAACCGAAGUCCUUGAAUACUGAAAAUACUGUUCAAGCUUCUGCAGGCACAGAAUCAGCCAAGAAGGAUACUACUCAAAAGGAUAAUCCUGGAACGAGGACCAGAGGAUCUUGGAAUAAGAAUUCUGCAAACACAAGACCCGCUUCGAAAACUGCUGGGAGUAGCAUAUCAAAGAAAUCUCAGAUUCCAAGCAAGCAAGAAUCGAAUAAAGAUAAGGAUAAGAUCAGGAGGGUGGGAAAGAAAGCUGCUUGUGAGCAAGGUUCAGCCAACCCGUCACCUACAGACGAAACACUCCAAGAAAACAAAGAAAACAUGGAUGCUCCUCAGAUGGAAGAGAUCAGUUUGAUUGAAGCUUAGACAGAGUCCUGCACCAAGCAUGCUGAACUAUACAAUUCUGUUAAUUUUUGUUGGGUUUUCGUCUUUAAUUUUUUUUAGCGUGGUUCAUUUUUUUUUUUUUUGGCGGUGUAUAGAUAGGGUUUGUGUGGAAGUGCUCAAGUGUGGUGAUGAAUUCAGUUUUUUCAGAGUUUUUCUUUACCAUAUGUGCCUACUAUAAUACAAUUAUGUUUGUGAUCUCAGAUUGUAUUGAAUCAUUAAACUUCAUUGUUCUUUGCCUGAUUUGGUAAUUCUUGCAGGCUUCAUAUUUGUCCA